CGGGCUGGCGGCGGCGGCCGGCGGGCCGCGCACUCUCGGGAUGGAGGGCGAGGGCCGGGCAUCUCGGGCGCGCUCCUCCGGCCUCCCGGCGGGGGGCGCCGGCGGGGACUGCCCGGGGGGCGCCGCCCCCCUCCCGGGCAGCAGCGGCUCCUCCGCGCUGCUGCCGGCCGAGGUGCUGGAUCUGGAUGAGGACGAGGACGACCUGGAGGUGUUCAGCAAGGAUGCCUCAUUGAUGGACAUGAAUUCCUUCAGCCCCAUGAUGCCCACAUCCCCUUUAUCAAUGAUAAACCAAGUCAAGUUCGAAGAUGAGCCAGAUUUGAAAGAUCUUUUCAUUACAGUUGAUGAACCCGAAAGCCAUGUUACUACAAUUGAAACUUUCAUUACCUACAGGAUUAUCACUAAGACAUCUCGUGGGGAAUUUGACUCCAGUGAAUUUGAAGUUAGGAGACGUUAUCAAGACUUCCUUUGGUUGAAAGAAAAACUUGAAGAAGCACACCCCACUCUGAUUAUUCCCCCAUUGCCAGAAAAGUUUAUAGUGAAGGGAAUGGUGGAACGCUUCAACGAUGACUUCAUUGAGACACGCAGAAAGGCGUUGCAUAAAUUUUUGAACCGAAUUGCUGAUCAUCCAACUCUAACAUUUAAUGAAGACUUCAAAGUUUUUCUUACGGCACAAGCUUGGGAGCUCUCUUCUCACAAGAAGCAAGGGCCUGGAUUACUUAGCAGGAUGGGGCAGACCGUCAGAUCGGUGGCAUUGUCAAUGAGAGGAGUUAAAAGCCGCCCCGAGGAGUUCAUGGAAAUGAAUAACUUUAUUGAAAUAUUUAGCCAUAAAAUAAACUUGAUAGAUAAAAUAUCUCAGAGAAUCUACAAGGAAGAAAGGGACUAUUUUGACGAAAUGAAAGAAUAUGGCCCAAUUCAUAUUCUGUGGUCGGCCUCAGAAGAAGAUCUGGUCGAUCCUCUAAAAGGUGUGGCCAGCUGCCUUGACAAGUGCUGUAAGGCCACUGAAAAACGGAUGUCUGGACUCUCGGAGGCCCUACUUCCUGUCGUCCAUGAAUAUGUGCUUUACAGUGAAAUGUUAAUGGGUGUUAUGAAAAGAAGAGACCAAAUACAAGCGGAACUGGAUUCCAAAGUUGAAGCUUUGACCUCUAAAAAGGCAGAUACCGAUCUGCUUACGGAAGAGAUUGGAAAACUGGAAGAUAAAGUGGAGUGUGCCAACAAUGCCCUGAAAGCAGACUGGGAAAGAUGGAGACAAAACAUGCAGAAUGAUAUCAAGUCAGCGUUUAUAGAUAUGGCCGAGGAGAACAUUUGCUAUUAUGAACAGGGCCCGUGGAGUUGCUGCUUGGUCGAGUAAUGCGAAACCCGCCCGAUGACACAAAUGUCUUUAUGUGGAGGAAUUGUGGUGAGUUUUCAUGACCAAGUACCUGAUUUGAACUGUGCUGGAUGUGAGGAAGAAUUAUGCUGCUGUUUUGUUUUGUUUGUUUUCCCUCUGUUUCCUGUGUUGAAAGGAUCUGAAUUCUUCAAAAGCACUUGUUCCUGCUUCCUAAGGAUUCCCCCAUCUUAUUGCCUUUUCCUCUCCUUUCUUCUACUGUAAAGAGCUGGCAACGUGAGGUUGAAGAAUGAGCAGAAAAUUCGUUCAGGGCUUAUACCUUGAUCCCUGCCAUCCCUACGUUGCUGCCUAUAGUUAUACACCAAAACCAAACAAGGAACAUUAUUUCAGUUUAGUUUAGUGCACUUGGGGUUUUUUGUUUGUUUGUCGAUUCAGGAAAGAUACUAGUCAACAUUUUGCUUUUGAAAUGAUUGCUUUUAUAUUUUUUAACAACUAACAGUUCUGCAACAUAGUUAUUAUUUUAAAUGAAUUUUACACGGUCACUUUCUUCAUCUAGCAUAUUCGGAACAUUCUUUUCCUAGAAGGUCUAUCUUAAACACACAUCUUUGACCUUAUCUCUGUCCAAAUUAGUGACUAUACCAAAUUCAUACAUUAAGACAAUUAUUUUAUACUUGUCUAUGGGGCUUACAAGUUUAAAGGGACUUUAACAUAUUUUAUAUUGUGCAAGAUUAUCUGAUACUGGUACUUUCACUCUACAAGAAUUACUUGAGUCCUGCUAACAUCAGACACUGCCUGGUUCUGGAAAGACCACAGGGUGUGAGACAAACAUAAUCCGUUUCUCGUGCAGUUAUAGUCAGUGAGAGAAAUAGUUAACACAAGACAUGAUAAUAAUAAAGUGUAAGUUCUAAGAUAGAAAGACAUUGCAAGGGCAUCUCACCUUAUCUAGGAGGACUGAAGAAGAUUCCUCCAAGGCCAUGUUCAAGCUGAGCCCUGAAUGGUGAGUGGGUAAAGAUGUGAACAAGAGAGUUCCAGGCAGAGGAAAGACAUGCACAAAAGCCUGGGAGGGAGAAAGAACAUGUUCAAAUGCCUGAGGUUCCUUUUUGGAGGAUGGUGCACUGGAGGUAGUGUUGAGUUGAAAACUGAGGCUUGCAGAGGAGGAAAAAAGUUUUUCUCAACCCUCUUAGGAUCCCUGGCUAGGUCUGAAAAGGAAACUGUGACAAAUGAGCAGGAGAAAAGCACACGUUGAUUUAAUCUAAGUUCUUCAUGGCGCAGGAGUCUUCAUAAGCAAAUCAAGCCCAGAAGAAACAGACCAGAGUAUUUUUAGGCUAGGUUUGGGGAAGAGUGGGCUGUGGUGCAGGAAUAGGAUGGGUUAAGGAGCGUGGGGUAAGUGCAAUACACUGGGAAAAUUUAGCAAGGCUUUCUUGUUAGGAGUCUUCUCUGUGUUCCUUUGUCUUCAGAGAGAAAGAUGCUCCUUUUCCCUGGGUGUACAGGAGGGUUUUAUGACUGGCUUGAGGGAAUAAGGGUUGGAAGAAGGUCACAGUGACCUUUCUGCUUCUGCCAUAUUCUUAAACUCCUUCAGCUUAAUAUGCCUACGUGCCCUAUUUUGCACGAGUACGUCUUAAACCCUAUUAGGCUGAAGAGGGGGGAGGACCUUAUGAGCUUUGCCUUUUAUUUUUCAUUCUAAGGGAAAUGGGAAAUGCUAUUGAAGAGCUUCCAGAGCGAGGAGACGAUUGUCUCUUGGACUUGCCUUUUAGAAAGAUCACGCUGGCUGUAUGUGGGUCAGAGUGGAAGGAAAUGAAACAUGAUGAGACUAGUUAGACAAUGUUGCAACAAAGACAGAGAUGUGACUGACAUGGAGGUUUCAUGGCAGUGGGCUAGAGAUUAGUAGACAGUUUCAAGUAGUUUUCUUUUUAGCAGGUGGAUCAGAAAGAUCAUUUUCUACCCCUUCUAUUUUUUUUUUUACUCUACCUUAACAAUCUUAAGUACAUUCAAGUAUCUGAAAGGAAUUUCCCAUAAGCCUCAGGUUUUGGAAUGACUUAAACUAUUUUUGUUGAAUAAAAGCACAUUUAUCACCUUAGGCUUUAGUACCACUUAACUGGUUAAAUUCACAGAAAUAACUUAUCUCUCCUUUACAAUAGAACCUGUCCACACUGACAUGAUAGGAAUGUUAUGACCGUCAGUUGCAGUAAUUUAUAAGAAAAUGCCUUAGAAAAUUAGAAUAGAUGAUAUACUGUGAUUGUAAUUAUAAAACGUAAGUAUAUCAGGUUAUAUCAGUUACAUAACAAAUGCACCUACUAUGUUUUCCUUUAAAUUGUAAGGUCUGCCAGACUUUUCUAAGUUUGAAUUUUUUAUUUUUUAAAAGAAAUACUCAUAGCAAUGCCAAUGAACGCCAACCCAAAUAUUUGCGUUUUGACUAUACGUCUCACAUGAAUAUUUUUGUCAUUCUCAUAGAUUGAAUUCAUUGUAUGCAUAAUACUGUUUUCUUCAAAAUAGUUAAAUUGGCAUCACUGUGCCAUGUCACCAUAUUGCAACUUUUGUUCUUCACAGCAGUUUAUAUCAAUAUGGUUUUAACUCUUUCCUCCAAGUGAAUUAUAUUUCUGAAGGUUACUCAAGUUGUAUCAAGUGUACUGUAACUUGGAUGUGUAAGUUUGGAAGAGUCAUUGGUUUUCUUUAUUAUUACUUCACAAAACCCCUACAGCUCCAGUUAUUUGUUGAGUUUUUUCCUUAGUGAAUAAUUUUUAACUGAUUUGGCACGUCAGUCCAAGCGUAAUCAGGAAAUUGGAGCCCUUAUAUAAUCAGGGCUUCCUAAUUAACACACAAACUGUGGGGCUUGAAACAGCAACAGUCUGCUGUUAUCUGUUAACUUCAGAAUAUCGCAGACAUAGAGGGAAGUGAGAUGUUCCAGAAUCUUUCCAUUCCGUUUUUAAUUUAAUCACAUUCUUAUGGAACUACUUUUUUCAUCAGCAUUUGCAAAAAUCAAUCCCCUAAAGGGAUUGUUGUUCAUGGUGAUAAAAGAAAUGGGGUAUAAACAAUUGCCUUUGGACUUUAAAAAAAAAUUUUUUUUUAUUUAAUGAUUUAUUUUUUUCCAUUCUAGUUGACUUACAGUGUUCUGUCAAUUUCUGCUUGUACAGCAAAGUGAACCCAGUCACAUGUACAUAUAUACAUUCUUUUUCUCACAUUAUCCUCCAUCAGGCUCCGUCACAAAUGACUAGAUAUAGUUCCCCGAGCUAUACAGCAGGAUCUCAUUGCCUAUCCAUUCCAAAGGCAAUAGUUUGCAUCUGUUAACCCCAGAUUCCUGAUCCAUCCCACUCUCUCCCUCCCUCUUGGCAACCACAAGUCUGUUCUCCAAAUCCGUGAGUUUCUUUUCUGUGGAAGGGUUUAUUUGUGCCAUAUAUUAAAUUCCAGAUAUAAGUGAUAUGGUAUUUGGCUUUCUCUUUCUGACUUAGCCUUUGGACUUUUGUGAAAUGAAAUAGUCACAGGUAAUUUAUAACUUAAAAUUUAAAUAUCAAAAUGACAGAGGACAGAGGAAAAUCGGGUUGUAAACAUGAGGUAUAGGUCUGUAUCAGAUGCCAGUUAUUGUCGUAUUAAAAUGCUGUACUUAGAUAUGUGAAUUUAUUUGCGAUGGUUGACACCAAAUAUAAAACUAGUAUUUCCAAAUAAACGAAAUAGGUGAAAUGAAGCUAUUCCCCAUUUUGAUCUAUGUGAGCAGUAACUAAGAAUGAAUUAGAAUCUUUUUUAAAAAACAAUAAUAACAAAACAAUAAAACAAAAUAUCUGGUUGAACAUGAGUAAUUUCAAAGUACGUAGGUAUCCAAAAAUUAUUUUCUGCUAAAAUGUGAAGGGAUGCUAAAACCCAUAAAAUAGGACACGGAUAAAAUGCCAGGGUAUUUUCUAAUUGUUCUUUAGUAGCUACGAGAGAGUUUUUGUUGUUAAUGAUGAUGCCACUGAUGAGGAUGAUGGUGAAGAGAUUCGAAAGGAAGUGAUCCUUGAUAGGUAUUACAGACUUCAAGAAUAUACUCUUUGGAAGUUUAAUUUUAAUAUCGUAAUCAUGAAGAGAAUCGCCUUAAUAAUACAUGCACACUAAAAACAAACAAAAACAACAAAAGCUAAGUACACAAAUGUAUGAAGAAGAAAUAAAGACUGUCCAUAACCUGAUCUCCUAGAGAGGAAUGCAUUUAAAGGCAAUUAUAGAAAAAUAAUUUGCUAUAUGCCGGUCAAAAUAUUUUUAAAUUUCUGCACAGUUCUUUCUGAAUGUGUCAAAAUAAAAACAGUUACUUAUUUGUGUCAUGAUUACAGCGGAUGUAUAUUAUGUUGAGUUCUGUAUUUUUCAUUUGUUUAAAUACUUUUCUAUAUGAUGACAUAAUCUCCAUAUAGUACAUCAUGUUAUUAUCUUUAUUAACAAAAAUAACUACUAAUAGCUGCUUUUAUGUAAAAUUUUUGCUCUCACAAAUAAUACUAUUAAAAGUAAUCAUGAACAUUAGACUUAAAGUCUUUCUUGAUAAGAAUUUCAAGAAAUAACCAGGUUAAAGGCCACUUCAUUUCAAAUGCUAUCAAUCUUACUUAAGAAUGUCAAUUGCCUCAUGGAAAAAUCAUUCAUUUAAAAUUCUAUUAACAUCAAAACCCUGUGCUAAGCAGCUUUCAAAUUCAAACUUAAAUCUUGCCCUUAGAGAAGAAUAAUAAGUAUAUGUAAUUUUUACUUGAUUAAUACAGCUUUACAAUGUAUUAUUUUUUAAAUGGAAGAGUAUUUAAAUUAGGUUUUUUUUUUUUACUUGAAUGGUAAUGAACAGACUUAACAGAAAGGUUCUCUCAUUACUGAAUAAUAAAAAUAUAUGUAUCUACAUGGCAAUCUAGGAAGCAGAAAAACAAUUAUCAACAUAGGACAUUUUCUGUGAGUUAAAUGAAAGGAAAAAACCAUUAUAAGAGUCUGUCAUCUAGACAAAUCAAUAACAAACCCAGUGCUUUCCUAAAAUCCAAGUCCAGCUAUAUAUGGACCAUUUAAAAUUUAGAGAAAUUUAAAAAAAUAGAUAUCAUAGCAGUUCUACAAAGUUUAAGUAGUAGAUAAACACUGAAUGUUCUAGAAGUUCUUCACAUGUAGUUGUUUUCAUUUAGAAAUGUAUUCCUCAUUAUGUUGGGGAGUGGUGAGUAAAUUCUAGUGAAAGAGCUGUUUUAAAUUCAGUGGUGCCACCAUAUAUUUUGGAACAUUUAAAAAAAGUUGUGCAUAUUUAAAACACCUUGGUCCAAGUCAAGAUAGAUCCCAAACAUUGUAACUUUAAAGGUUAAUCUAUACUGAUAAUGAUUAUAAAAUUGCCAGCUAAGCAGGAUUCUGAUGGGGGGGCAUUUAGAUUUCGUCUAAAAUUUUCAUUCUUUUUUUUAAAUUGAGAAUCAGAUAAAUGAUGGACUUUCUGUUCAUCUACAUGAAUUAAAAGAAGCAGUGAGAGGGAAUAGCUUCCCUAGACUUAAUUUUACCCAACAAAGAGGAACUGUGAUGUAACAUGACAGAAACUUGGGGAAAAAAACACCAGUUUCGAAAUCUGGGAGGUAAAAGCAAAAGAAGGAAACCCCUGGCGAUCCUCAGUCACAUUCCCUAGAAGUUAGUAAAACGAUGUGAAAAAAUUACAGAAGACUUAGUGAUAAUUUUAAUGCCAUUGGCUCAAAAGGAGAAUAUCUCAUAAGAGAAAUGAACAGUUCUAAAAAAUAAAAGGGAAUGAAGCAGUUAAAGAAUCAGAUAAAAUUGCACCUGUGGGCUAUGGACUCUAAAAGGCAAAAAUAUAGAGGAAUAGUCAGAGAGGAAUACAGAAGUAACAGGGUCAGGGAGGACAUAUUACAGGAAAAAGUGAGAUUUGGGGGAAAAAAAACAGGAAUGACUUCCAAAUAAUACCAAACUCAAAUGGAUGUGGGUGUGAGGAGUCUCUUUUGCGAACAAGAAAAUUAGGAAUUAAUAAGCUCUAAUACAAUGAGUCAAGUGAUAUGGACACUAUAUUAUGGAAACUGAGAAAAAUUGAACUACUCGAUUUCUGUUUCACUCCUGUUUUCCCCAUCAAAGAGAAUGAAAGUAUAAGUUACAUGGUUGAGGCAAAUAUCAAUAAGAGAGGAAUAAAAUUCAGUUUGAAGAGGUGAUAAAACAUUAGUUAUCCAUUGCUACACAAAAGGGAAGGCGAGCUAGCAUCCUGUUCUUUUUCCAGCGGCCUCUGUGAAAGCCCUUCCAUUACCAGCCUCAAAGCAGUGCUUCCUAAGCUGUAUUCACAGCCCUUAACUCUGAACGGAUUUACCUAGGGAAGAUGGACAGACUUCUGCUUACCCAGGAGAAAUGCAGACCCCUUUUCUUUGCUAGGUGAAUACUCACAUUAGCUCCCAGAUAUUUGGGGGAAUACUGGAAUGAUGACAGCUGAUUCCAACAUAGUUAACCUCUGUAAUUUCUGAUGCACACCAUACCUAGGCACCUAAUACUGCUCAGUUCUUUGUGAACAGGCUUUCCUGUAGAGAGAAGGAUGGAAGUGGUUGAGGACUGACCCCACGGUAGUGGUUUGGUAUCAUGUUGGCCCCAGGGAAGGACCUGAAUUCAAUUCUGAUGAUGCAUUUUCGGAGUAAUACUGACAAACUAAGAUGUAGUCAAAACAAGGUUAUUCUGACGUCUUAGAAACGCGUCUUCAUCGAAGGAAUUGGGAAAGAAGAAAAGUAUGUGGGGAGCAGUCACAGGGGGAGUCCAGGUUUUGUGGUUGCUUCAGAAAACAUAUCUAGAACCGACUUUUGGAAAUGGCAUAAUUUGUACAAAGAAAGAAUUGUUUCCUGUGUAUAAAUUUCUCUAAAUUAAAUUGCAUUGCAAUGAAAUAAGUUCCUUGCCCCUGGGAGCUCUGAAGCAAUUGUUGAAUAGUGUAAAUCAGCAAUUCUGCCUAUGCUAAAGUUUCUCAAUGCAUUUUAUAGGAAAUUAGUUUUUGUAAUGUUAAUGGUUAUUAAUCUCAGAAGAAAAGAUCCUGUAGUCAAAUAAGUUGGAAUUAAAUAAAGCUAAACAGACUUAUUUGCUAAAGACGUUUUCAGAAUCUUCGACGUGCUCAUGUGGCUUAUGAAUCUGAAGACAGUUUCCUUGGUCAGCCUUUCUUCUUGUAGGAUUAGCCUGUGUUGGAGUAUAGUUCGGGAAACCUUGGGUAAUUAUGUUGCUCUCUAAAGUAAGGCGGCUUAGAGUGUGGCCUGAGGCCCAGUUCAUAAGUUGUUUAUUACAGAUUGAUAGUAAGAUAAAUCAGAAAUAGAAAGUGAUCAAUUAAAAUCUUCUGUAGCAAUUAGACAUUGUCAUGACAUCCAAAUAGGUGAUUAGUAGACUUCUUUGGUUGAGUAAGGUAAAGGCCACUUUGGGUGUUGUCCAGCCUUUGCAGCGAUUUCCUGUGCCAUGAAGUGCAAACGAGUCAGCUCAGUAGGAUCAUUGAAUGGUCCUCAGUGGACUAAAGAAAAGACGGGUUCUUCACCACAGAUAGUUUAAGAAGCACUGCUCUAAAAUUCCUUGUUUUCUAAGAGGGCACCAUCUUGUACACUUAACAUGGGCAGCGUUCUUUCUCAUUUAAAAAUGUAUAAUCUGAUUCGUAUUCAACUAUCACAUUUACAUAAAGCACAGUUAAUUAUAGAAUUGGGAUUAAAUGCACCAAGCUCUGAUUUUUAUUUCCUUCUAAGGAAACCUUACAAAUAGAGUGCUUAUUAUCAUUUUCAGAAUUCUGAAGUAUUAUGUAAAUAACUGUUUGUUUUAUGAAGUGUUUUCUAUUCUGAAUUGAUAUCCCAAAGCCAUAGCCACCUCUCACGUUUCCACAUAACUGUGGACAUCUUUUAUGAUGUUUCAUGUAGGUCUUAAAGCUUUUGUUUUGUAGGCUUCUGCUUCCUUAAAAACUAUUAAAACACUUCCACCAGUCUCUUACAUUCUGUGAUACAGUUAUUUCUCCAUUAUCUAGACAAGUGAAGCUGGGCUUAGGUGUGAAAGGGAACAGUUAUGCCAUAGCAGAGACCGUCUGUGCCUCUUCCUGUCCUUUGGAUUCCAAAAGUGUUUGUGUUGUUAUCAAAGAUUUGAAUAGGAGAUUAUGUAUCAUAAUGAGAGAAUUUUAAAAAUAUCUAAAUUUUAAAUUAAGAACUUUCAUCUUACUGUGCCUCAUAAUGACAGACUAUAUUCUCUGGACCAGUGUCAUAGUUCCUAUAAAGAAAAGGAAGAAGUCAUUUAAAACGCUUGCACUGGAGUUCCCAUCAUGGCGCAGUGGAAACAAAUCCAACUAGGAAUCAUGAGGUUGCAGGUUCAAUCCCUGGCCUUGCUCAUUGGGUUAAGGAUCCAGCGUUGCCGUGAACUAUGGUGUAGGUCGCAGACGUGGCUCGGAUCCUGUGUUGCUGUAGCUCUGGCGUAGGCCGGUGGCUGCAGCUCCAAGUCGACCCCUAGCCUGGGAACUUUUCUAUGCUGUGGGUGCAGCCCUAAAAAUCAAACAAAAAAACCCACAUAUACACACCACAUGAUGUAACAUCUUGAAGAAAGAAGGUGGGUUUACUAGUGAAAAAAAUUAAAGUUGGGUAUCAGGAUGCCUGCCAGUAACUAAAUGUAAAAUCUUAAUCUUCUCUAUGCCCAGUUUUCUAAUCUGUCAAAAAGUGGUAUGGAUUGUCCUCCCCUCCCCUGCACCCGGGGAGGCAGGGCUUUGGGAGAAUAAAAUUAGAAAAACGUAUGUGAAGUGUCUUAAAAUAAUGCAAUUAAAUGUCAUGGCCUCACCUUGAUAAUUUUCCAGUAACCCCCCCAAAAAAGUUCUUCUUUUCAGUUUGUUGUACUUUCCAUGCAUGAUAAACAGAUACAGAUAAGCUUGGUAUUUGAAGUGUCUGGUACUAAAAUGGUCAGACUUCAUGUAAUUGGUCUGCUAUUAGUAAAAACGACAACCAAACAAAUGAAAAAUGAUGAGUUGGUAUAGAAAAGUAUGAGUUGAAAAGAUACGAAUUCAAAUUUGGGCUCUUAUACUAAUUCUUUCUAUAAAGAUUUCCAAGUAUUAGAUAUUUUGGAGCCCCAAUUUUUCCACAUGUAAAAAUGAGAGAAAUAGAAUUAGUUGUAUCUACAGCUCUUUCUAUCUAGCUAAUCUUGAGUUAGAGAUCUACAGACUAAUACUAUAAAAUAAUUUUUAAAAUGGACCACAAGAUGGCGUUUGUAGCUAAUGAGUUUUUUGCGUUAACUCUGUUGCAGUCUUUGAAGUAUUUGUAGUAUUUACAAAUGUAAACAUGAUACUUAAAUUCUUGAGAGAUAUGUAAAAGUUAUUUUCGGAAAAUAUGCAAAUCAUCAUUUUGAGGUUAUUUAUAUUUCUCAAAUUAUAAACUGGCAGGUGAUUUUGAAAUCACACUUUGCCAAAAAUGAAAUUUUGUGAGUGAUUUGGAGCCUUUGCAAAAUAAUAGAAGUAGCUCUCCUUUGGUAAUUUCAUUUCGAAUUUCUUUCUGGAUUGAUUAUAUUUCAGGAAAAAAAAAAACGUUUAAAUAUGCAGCUCCUGAAAGCUUUCAUUAUUGCUUUGAAUCAUAGGUUUAGGCAAUUAAAAAAAUGAUUUACAGGGAGUUCCUGUUGUGGCUCUCACAACCCAACAUAGUGUCCAUGAGGGUGGGGUCAAUCUGUGGCCUCACUUAGGUGGGUGAAGGAUCCAGCAUUGCUGUGACUGUAGCAUAGGCCAGCUGCUGCAGCUCCGAUUCGACCUUAGCCCAGAAUUACAGGUGCUCCCACUAUGAUGCAGUAUGUUAAGAAUCCAGCCAAAGUGGUUCUGGUUGCUGCGGAGGCAAGAGUUUAAUCCCCGGCCCAGCUCAGUAGGUUAAGGGCUCUGGCGUUGCUGCAGCUAUGGCUCAGAUACAGUCCCUGGCCCAAGAACUUCCAUAUGCCUUGAGUGUGGCCAUAAAAAAAAA